AGUCUCCGCCCACUUUCUGCUGUCUUUCAUCUUUAUCGUCAUCGUUAUCGUUGUCUUCCUACCUCCCAAGUCUUCAUUCCUGGAGGACUUUUGUCUCUGCAGUCAACUCGUCGGGGCUGACAAGAGUGUCUGAGAUGACUGACGAGCCCCGCAGAGGACUGAAGAGAAAGAAUGAUCCAGACUCAGAACCGCAGUCCGGGUCUUCCAAAGCCAGCCCGACGUUUCUGCUCCUGGAGGUGCCGGCAGGAGCCGACGGCAUCCUCCCAAUGUGGACGUCCUUCUUGUCGCAGGAUGUGGACAUCGCCUGGGCGGUCAACCCCUACAGCAUCAGCAUCCACCUGACCCCAAGGACCACCAGGUGCAGCUCAACCGAUCAGACCCCUACCAAACUGGUGGUGCAGCCCGCCACUGUGCAACAAGGCUCAGCCCACAACACCUGCGUCUUGCGCAGCGUCACCAAUAACGCACUUCAGCCUGCUCCUCCUGGUCCAGCGCCCUCGGACGAUCAACUGCCUCCGUCGCCAGCCGCCCAAGCGCCCUCACAGCCCCCAGCAGCGCCUCCUUUGUUUCACACCUGGAGCUCAGCUGAUGUGGACAUCUGUGAUAGAUUCCUCUUGGGGCAGUGCCCCACGGGGUCGCUUUGUCCAAAGCAUCACACCCACUUCCCCUUCCACUGGCAGCUGUGGUGCCUCAGGACACGGUGCUGGGUGGACGUGCCGCCUUGUUCCCAGGUGGCCCUGGAGCGCUUGUACUGCAACGUGGAUCGGGAGACUGCAAUCCUCCGCGACGGGCACAAGAGCCUCUACUUGAACUUCGACUUCAUGGAGAUGGAUGACCCAUUCAAAUACGACAGCGUCAGACGCCUGAGCAACUCGGAGAAUCUGCUCGUCAACCCGCACUUCCCCACCAAGUGGCGCAUCUACUGGUGGAACGACACGGAAUGGAAGGAGUACAGCCAGGACCUGUCCACCUUUCUCCUGUGGAACAUGAGCCAGAAGGAGCCAGAGUGUUCUUUUGCCAUCGCUGGACAAGAGUACGAGGUGGACUUUACCAACAUGACACAGACCAACGUCAACACGGGCUUCCAGAGGGACGUCCGCUGCCGGCCCGUCUUCCGCUCGCCUGAGUCCAUGCACCCUUACCUGAAGACGGGGGUCCUGAGAGAGCCCGCGCAGCCUCUUCAGGAUCCCCCUCAGCCAAACUUCAGAGUGGACCCUCUGGAGGACUUCACUUCCUGGUACCCUCCAGUGUGGUCUCUAGCCUCAGGGCAGGACUACAGCCUGGUGGAGGUUCCGGCCUGCUCAACAGCCUUCAAGACUGCCCAAAAGGUCUUCUAUGAGAGUCUACCUGAGACCAAGGUGGACAUUAUCAGCAUCCAAAUGGUCCAGAAUGUCCUGCACUGGGACAAGUACCAAAGGCACAAGGUGUACAUGCAGAAGAAGCACGGCAGCUCCAAGGAGCCUCUGGAGCGCCAUCUCUUCCACGGCACCACCCGGAAGGCCGCCGAGGACAUCUGCCGCAACAACUUCGACCCGCGCGUGGCCGGCGCCAACGGGACAUCUUUCGGCUGCGGCUCUUACUUUGCCACCUCGGCCAAACUGUCCCACAGGUACGCGUUGACGGCGGGGCGGGAUCAGAGCCGCCAUACCUUCUUGGCUAAAGUCCUGGUGGGCGAGGUGACCAGGGGCGAGUGCAGGUACCUGCGCCCGCCUCUGUGGAGCAGCGCGGGAUUCCAUCACCAACGCUACGACACUUGCGUGGAUGAAGUGGACAACCCCAGCAUAUUUAUUGUCUUUGACAGCAGUCAGUGCUACCCCUACUUCCUCAUCAGGUACAAAGACGUGCCCGCCGUCGUCCAAAUCUGAAGCAUCGAAUUGGUCCAUCCUCUAAACGUUCCUUGGAAAGAAAAUACUGUGAAGCACUUAAAUGUCCCAGACGUUUUUAUUUCAAGGCAGAGAUAGAAAAAGUACUUGUGUUUGAUGAGGCGUUACUGACCUCUUAUGUGUGUUAAAUACAAAACUCUCUUGAAACCACAGAGAGCUUUGAGUUUUAAAACGGAUUUUCAUAUGCUGCUGGUACAUUAGAAAAACAAAAAAAGGAUUGUUGUGAACAAUGUAUUCUUGACUACAUUAAA